GAGGGUUUGUUGGGAAGGUCAUCAGCCCUGAGAUCCGUAAAGUUCUGUGUUAUUUGCUGAAUAAUGAAUGAGGAAGAGAAACAAGGAGAUAACAGUGAUGCACGUGGUAAAUCCAGAAAGAAAGAGUGGUGCGGUUCCUUGUUCAGUGAACUACGUGCAAUGCUGAAGAAUCACGGCUAUCCUGUAAAAGGUGACAGGUCUAGAGGGUACAAAAUGAAGAAUGAUACUACUGCUAUUUCACAGAACAAAGAAUGUGCAAAACCGAGUUGGAUGCCGAGGUUCCGUGACUAUGAUGACUUCAACCAACUGACCCUAACAUCGUUAGAUGGCUUCAUGAUCAUACUGAGCACUGACGGACUGAUGAUUUACAUCGACGAAAAUAUCUCUCUCCUCGGAUAUGCACCUGAUGAGGUUCGGGGCAAAAAAUUGCUGAUGCUUCUCCCUGAUGAAGAAAAGAAUGAAGUCUACCAGAAGAUAACUCUCAAACAACCUUUUUUAAGCUCAGUAGGAAGACAUGUUGAAUUUUGCUGUCAUUUAAAGAGAGGCGAUGCUGGACAAAAUAGUAACCGUGAUUAUGAAUAUGCAAAAUUUCUUCUGAACAUAAAAGAUAUUACUUUACAAAAUGAGCCUUUUGUAUUAUUUGGUGCCAACAUACCCAGCAGCUUCUACUGUGCAGCAACAGAUUCAGUUCUUCCUUGGGAGGAUCGGUUUUAUCUUGUGGGGAUGGUUUGCAUUAUCAGGGGUCAGAUCCUUAAGGAGAUUUAUACUAAAAGAGACUCCGAUAGAAAUGCUCAAAAUUCAAGUGACGACCUUGCUACUUGGAGCAUCAGAACUGUUCAAGGUGAAAUAAGAAGUUCCAGAUUGGAAAACCUGCGUGAUAAAGCUACUGCUACUACCUCAAAUGAUCAGUCUGAUAUUGUGACUGUUGAAGAGUAUGGACCACAAGAAGCCACUCAUGUGAUUAAGAUAGAAUCUGACUCAUCUUGCAACUCUAGAACGUCUUCCCUGGAAACUAUGUCUGAUUCUCCAGUGGGAUCCUUGCAGAGCUUUGGAUAUGAACCUGAAGUGGAUCCGGAGAAACUGAAGGAUCCAGUUGACCUAGAGUUUUCAGUGAGCUCAGAUAACACAGAUGACACGGAGGAUUCAGUGAAUGCAGUGACUCUGGACAAUUCACUAGCAGCGUCCUCGAUGGAUCCAAAUGAGCCUGACUAUGUGGAAGGCUCACCGAACUCAGAGGGCCCCGUGGUGCAGGAGAUCCUGUCCUCCGCCACCGUAUCAGCUAGCCUCAGGGCUCAGUCGGCAUCAUUUCCUUUUGCUUCCAACACCGGUGGCCAUGAACUGAACCUGAUGCAGAAGUUCAAGGAACAGCUGCAAGUCCGAACUCGGGUGCUACAGGCUGACAUAACAAGCCAGCAAGAUGCUCUGGAAAUGAUGAAGGAGCAACUCCAGACGAUGCAGGAGUCUAUGUGUCAGAUGCAGACAACCAUACCACACCGCACUAUCAGUCCUGAACUCAAGGCUGAAUGCUCCGGCCAACGGAAGAGGUCCUUCCCGGAUGUCCAUGAGGCCAAACGCUUCUGUGGCCCAUCUCGCUCUUCAGUCUUCCCUAAUACAUUUGAAAAUCAGCCCACUACUUCCAGCCAGCGCUACUUGCAGGAGCAGGAGCAGUACUUGCAGGAACAGCAGAUGCUGCUGCAGCAGCAGAUGGAACAGCUGCAGGAGCAGAAGAAGCAGCAACAGCAGCAGGAUGCCAUGCUGGGGAAUCAGACGAUGAAGCUGUGCUUGCCGAGCCAAACUCUGCCUGUCUACAAUAAACACGUUACAUAUGUGCAGACUCCACCCAUUGUUGUUCCGCUACAAAUAAUAACUGAGCAGAAGCCCCCUGACUACUACCAACAUGUAGAUACUGACUGCCCGGAAAGUUCCAGAAGUAGUGAAUCAACUCUGACAACCUUGGAGACACCUCAAGACUACCUCAAACUUUGGCGUCAGCCAACUCCUCCUCCUCAGCUCCAAGCUUUCUAUGGAGUUAAUCCUUGGAUCAGCACUGAACAGAAGACUGACGUACAGGUGCAGCCCGUGUGGCACCAGGUGCAACUUACUGAUGCAAGAACCCAGCAGCUUCCCAAUGAAGAAGGUUUCCAGGCUUCUACCACAGACCAAAGGGCCCCUUCUGCCUGUCAGUGGAACCAGAAGUACUUCCAUCCAAAGCCAUGAGCAGAAGACGGGUGGAGCAGGCCAACAAGGCCUGCAAAUUCAGGGAGACCUACCAAGUGCAAGGUGCACAGAGUUCCUUGGUGGGGGGUUUAGGGGGUUAGCAUUUACUUUUCUUUCCUGAUACACUCUGUUAUUGUUUAUUAAGCAUAACCUGUGUGUUUUUGAAACCCUGCUGCAAAGAUAGCCUGUAGCUCCUUGUAUUUUAGUAUAUGACAGCAACCAGGCAAUAGUAGGAGCCUGCUGUCUUUGAUAUGCCCUUGCCAGCUGUGCAUACACACAUUCCACUAUGGGCAGCAGGUCUGUUCAAGUUGGAAAGCCUUUUUUCCUGUCAGAAAAAAAAAUCAGCAGAAUGGUUUGCAGUCCAUUGAGCACUUAUUCUUAACCACGAGAAUUCUGAGGUCCUGGCCUUUAUGGUCAGAUGGGCCUCUCUGUCGUUUUGGAGAAACUCAGAGGCGUGGGAUUCCAACUGUGGGUAUGCCAAAUUGUUUCCAUCAGAAACACUCACACAGGAGCUAAAGUGAUUACAGCCUUAUUGCUUAAUAAACAUUUUCUUUCACUGCA